CACACACACCUGCCUUAAACCUCACCGAUAAUACCUACGCGUGCUGUUCUCGGUAAAUACACUCUCAACUGCGACUACAGUUUUAACCGAGACGUCACGUACAUUCUACAGCCCCUCGUUGCGGAGACGUGUACGCACUCCAUAAGUAACAUCUAACACGGCCAAGUAACAUCUAACUCGGCCAAGUAACACCAUACACCUUCUCUGCCUGUCCUUAUUCUCCUCUCACAGGACGAGACACACUCAUCCUCAAACCCUCACACUCAGCAUCACCCACACAUCCUAACCACACCCCCACACCCUCCCCCAACUCACACACCCUCGUUUCCACACCCUCACCCCCACACCCUUACCCUCACUCCCACACCCUAAUCACACCCUAACUUCACAUCGCUGUACCUACUAGUCACAUGUACUAACACCCGUCCGGUAACAUACUACUGUUAUGACGAACUUCUAUCAGCUGGUGUUGCUGCUCCUCUACUGCUACGGUGUGUCAGGAGAGGUGGAAGUGCAGUACGUGCUGGACUUUACGGUUACCUACCAGAAGGUUAUAGGUUGGGGAGGUGCCUUCACCGACGCCGCUGCUGCCACCAUCCUCGGCCUCUCUGAACCUGCUCAGAACCUUCUUCUCAGAAGAGUAAACAUGGGCGGCUGUGACUUCUCGUGGAGGACCUAUACUUAUUGUGAUACCUCGGGAGAUGUGGACCUAGAAGCUUUUGCCCUCCAGCCAGAGGACAUCGAGUAUAAGAUCCCAAUAAUCAAACGAGCUUAGGCUAUGGCCGCCCAGCCACUGAAGCUAUUUGCCUCCCCCUGGACAGCGCCUCCCUGGAUGAAGACCAAUAAUGACUACGUGGGCUACGGCCAGCUGCUGCCAGAAAUGUACCAGCCCUGGGCCAACUACUUCGUCAAGUUUCUGGACAGAUAUGGGGAAGAAGGCGUCAACUUUUGGGGUGUUACGGCACAGAACGAGCCCAUUGACGGAUACGUUCCAGGAUUCUAUUUCAAUUGUAUGGGGUGGACGGCGGAGCAGCAGCGAUUGUGGGUUGCUGAGAACCUUGGACCGACUCUCAAGGCCCAUGGCAACGACGAUGUAAUCCUCAUGAUACUCGAUGACCAACGGUAUGAACUGCCGAGGUGGGCGAAGAAAGUGCUGAACGACACUGUGGCGGCCCAAUACGUGAACGGCUUCGCUGUUCACUGGUACGGCGACGACUACGCCCCGGCGAGCCUUCUGCAGGAGACCCACGACUUAUUCCCUGAUUACUUCAUCUUGAGCACCGAGGCUUGUGAAGGGCGAGUGACGAGAAGCAGUUGGCGGUGAAGGUGGAUGACAGAGGCACCAUGUUCAUCACGGUAGGGCCUCGCUCCAUCCACACCGUCGUCUGCCAGUGAGAGCAGGCGGCGCAAGUGGUGGUGAGGGUGAAGGCGCAGAUGGUGGUGAGGCACAGAUGGUGGUGAGGCACAGAUGGUGGUGAGGCACAGAUGGUGGUGAGGCACAGAUGGUGGUGAGGGUGAAGGAAAAGAUGGAAAUAAAGAGGAAAGAUAUUUCUACCAGGAGAAAAUAAGGGCAAUCAAUAUGUUGGACACGUCUUCUAUUAUAACAAUGUCCCUUUCUGAGAGGUACCAGGUGGCUCUUGUCCCCUUUCUUGAGAGGUGACGAUAAUGGUACAAGUGCAAAAUAAACAACUACCAUAUUUAUUUCUCAUACACCACAAUCAUGGCUGUAAUACGGGGCGGAAUAUGCAGCUUUACAUCGUGUUUUGGGAAGCGUGAUACUGUGUUGCCUCCGGUUCCCAAGCUGUGUCUGUUCCCCUUAUAUCAUACAUAAAAUAACGUAUAGAACCUGAAGCUUAAUUUCCAAAUUCUGUGUAAUGUUCUAUAAACCCCAUUUCACUUCUACUUUAAAACACUUUACAAUUUUGUUUAUUAUUUUAGAGAAUUAAUUUUACAUUCUUAUGAAAGCAUUCGCCACUUCGCUCAUAAGUUUCAAGUUAUUUUUUCUCUUCGAGUUUUCACUUCUUAAGUUGCAUUAAGUAUUCACAAGGUAUUACUCCUGUGACGUGAUUCUUCCUCUGGCAUUUAUAUGACUUUUUAUACGUCUAAUGUUGCUUCUAUGAAUGAACUUAUUUAUGUUCGUAUAUUCAAAAUUGAUAUUUAACCACAAAUUGUCUAUGCUGUGUCAAAGGUCAUUUAAUUACAGCAAAAUUAGGUAUUAAAAUAGAGAAGGUGUGUAAUGACUGUUUAAUAAAGACGAGCAAGAGAUAAUGAAUUAUUAU